CCAGUAAAUUUUCCUGUGGAUUCUACCAGAACUUUUGAGGCAGUGAGUGAUGGUUGCCAUGAAAACCAAAAAAUACUCAAUGGCACAUCAAUUACAAAUAUAUCUACAAUUCCAGAGAUGUACGACUCAUCUAAUGUAACUGUCGUGAACACAUCGGAGAGUACAGAACUAAACUGCAUAGCAAGGGGGGCCAUGAAAGACGUACAGACACGUUGGUACAGACGUGGAUCUGACAGUAUUGUCAGCAAUAAAACUACUCUCUUCUUCAAAAGUGUUUCCUAUGCGGACACAGGAAGUUAUAUUUGUGUCAUCAAGUACCAGUCAUGUGAUACUAAUACAACCCAGAACGGAAGGAAAAAUCUGACAAAAACAGUUCAUCUAGACGUUCAAGGUGCACCACUUUUAAUUUUACCGGAUAGGCGGAAAUCAUUCCAUGUCGCCGAAGGGCAGUCUAUUCUGUUUAAUAUUACAAUAGCCAGUUCUCCCCCUCCUCUUCAAUCUCUUACCAUCGUAGAGUCUAACAACAGAAACCAACUUCAAAUUGAUGUUGAAUUCAACAGGACGGUUAUGUCGUUUUCUGAUGAUAUAGCGAUUUCUAAAGACGUGCCUGUGUACACAGCAUACAUACGUCUAAAUAACAUUACGUCUACCUGGACAGGGGAAUACAUUCUGUGCAUCAACAAUUCUUAUGGAUACGCUAUCUAUGAGUUCUCCAUAAAAGUGUUCCGUCCAAAUAAAGUUUCAGUGUGGCAGUCUAGGGCCGUGGAGAUUGUAGGAGGUGGUAUAGGGGGGUUCAUAUUUCUGUUUCUAGUGGUCGGGAUCAUCUACAUGUGUCAAACACGAUACAAGCAAAAGGCCCUACAAGAAAAAAUCAAGGAAUUUGUUGAAGCUGAGAGAAAAGGAAGUAUGGAGAGUUUGGAAGUUUUGGGUCUUGGAAAAACAACUAAAGGGUUUGACAACUUCACCACCGAGGAAGAACAUGACCAUUUCCGCCAGCUUCAAAGUUUGAACACAUUCAACAAUCCAGAAGAAAACUGACAAGCAGUACUUUCCUGUACAUCUACAUGUACCAGCAUAUCCUUCCAAUGGGACACAUCACAUUACUGUUGAGUUAGCCUUGAAAAUAAAUCAUCUUGGCACUAAAAUGGUUUCCAAAUUCACAGAUCAGUACCUUAAAACUUGGCAGAUUAACAUGGACAUAAUGUUUCAUGUGAAACAAGCGAGUGUUUGCAAAACCAUCAGGAUUUUAAAUCAUUUGUGAGUAACCAUAACAAAAUAA